AUGGCCAAGCAGGUCACGACCCUCCAAGGAGAUACCAGCAAUAACAGCAAUUUUAAUUCUAUUAACAGUAACAGUUCUCUGACAAAUUUAAACCCUAACCCUCAUGCAAAAGUGACCUUCAACAUUGGUGGAGUCAUAUUCCAAACGUAUGCGGAGACAGUCUUGGAUGUUGCAAAAGUGAGUUCGCUAUACCGGUUUCCUCUGAAUGAAGACACUUUAAACACCCAUUUCGAUGCGGUCAACAACGAAUACUUUUUCGACCGCGACCCUGAAGUUUUCCGUUCAAUUCUAAAUUACUGGAGAACAGGCAAGCUUCACCUGCCGCUAUUCAGAUGUGGCCCAUCUGUCCGCGAAGAGCUUGCAUUCUGGGGUCUGGAAGAGCUGGACAUCGAGCCGUGCUGUUGGAAUAAUUACAACACUGGCAUUGCAACGACAGCCUCCUUGGUCAAACUGCGCCGCGACUCCAUGAGGGAGAAGGAAGCCAAAUAUAUCGCGGAGCCGACCACUCGCUAUGGACACUGGCGACUGCACAUGUGGUACCUGCUGACCACACCGUCCUAUUCUAGGACAGCUAAGGUGUAUGAAUACAUUGCCAUUCUCUUCGCAAUUUUAGCCAUAUUUUCCUUCUGCGCCUCCACAAGCAGCGUAUUUCAAAUCGACACUUUAAGCUCGCCAGAGAGUGUAAACGUUAGCCUCAACUUGAGCUCCUCCAAACAAGCAUCCAAUAUCUCCACAGCAACGUCGUCCACCCAACAGACAGACAACUCCAGCGUACCCCGCAGGGCUCGCAUCAGCUCCGUUCUUAUCAUCAUAGACUACGUCUGCUUGGCUUUCUUCUCUCUAGAGUAUCUCACGCGACUCGUCAGUGCGCCAAAUCCUUGGAAGUUCAUCAUCAGCCCGACAGCCAUCAUAGACCUCCUGGCGAUUCUACCAGACUGCAUCGAGUUCAUCGUCCAAGCUGCCGGGCCGGAUCUGGAUGAUCCCGCACUGCUGGACUUUCUUCUCCUCCUUCGUCUGAUGAGAAUUAUCAAAAUAUUUCGGGUGAUUCGUCGCGUCCCCGGUCUCUGGAUCAUGAUAUAUACCCUGAAAGCCAGCUACAAAGAACUGGGGCUAAUGCUGCUAUUCCUGAUUGUGGGAACUCUUCUGUUCGGGUCGGUGAUAUUCUUCGUGGAUGACAACAGCAUCUUUACCAGUAUUCCUAAGAGCUUCUGGUGGGCUAUAGUUACUAUGACAACCGUUGGUUACGGAGAUAUGAUUCCGGUGACGCCGUGGGGACAGUUGGUGGGCUCGCUCACGGCCAUAUGUGGCGUGCUUGUGGUGGCUUUCACUAUCCCUUCGCUGGUAAACAACUUCACCGACUUCUACAACCUAAUUCAGUACAAUGCCAAGCAGAAGAAACUGCGAUGCAAGAAAGGGGCCAAACAAAACGGAGCAGCGUAUUCCAGAGAAAGUAGUACUGACCAAUGUUAA